GGCCGGGAGGAAAUGGGGGGGCUGCGGUUCCGGGAGACCCUGUCCUUACCGCGGCUGCAGAGGCGGGGUUCCCCCAGGUGGCGGAGACGGGGCGGGGCUCCCCCAGGUGGCGGGGGCGGGGCGCCGCGCCCAGGCAGGGACAGGGGCGGGACCCCGCCUCCCGUGCUCUCUCGGCUGCCCGCGCUCAACGCACCGGACGCUCCUCCGCUCCUGCGGUGGUCACCAGGCUAUGGGUCUGGGGCCUACCCCGACCCUCCGGGAGGCCGCCCCGUCUGCGGCGUGACGGGCGGCCCAGAUGGUCACCAUGGGCCAGUGUUACUACAAUGAGACCAUCGGCUUCUUCUACAACAACAGUGGCAAGGAGCUCAGCUCCCACUGGCGGCCCAAGGAUGUGGUUGUGGUGGCCCUGGGGCUGACUGUCAGCGUGCUGGUGCUGCUGACCAACUUGCUGGUCAUCGCAGCCAUCGCCUCCAACCGCCGCUUCCACCAGCCCAUUUACUACCUGCUCGGCAACCUGGCCGCAGCCGACCUCUUUGCUGGCGUGGCCUACCUCUUCCUCAUGUUCCACACGGGCCCUCGCACCGCCCGGCUCUCGCUGGAGGGCUGGUUCGUGCGGCAAGGCCUGCUGGACACGAGCCUGACCGCCUCGGUGGCCACCCUGCUAGCCAUCGCCGUGGAGCGGCACCGCAGCGUGAUGGCCGUGCAGCUGCACAGUCGCCUGCCCCGCGGCCGUGUCGUCCUGCUCAUCGUGGGGGUGUGGGUGGCCGCGCUGGGCCUGGGGCUGCUGCCCGCCCACUCGUGGCACUGCCUCUGUGCCCUGGACCGCUGCUCACGCAUGGCCCCCCUGCUCAGCCGCUCCUACCUGGCCGUCUGGGCCCUGUCCAGCCUGCUUGUCUUCCUGCUCAUGGUGGCUGUCUACACCCGCAUUUUCUUCUAUGUGAGGCGGAGGGUGCAGCGCAUGGCGGAGCACGUCAGCUGCCACCCCCGCUACCGAGAGACCACACUCAGCCUGGUCAAGACCGUUGUCAUUAUCCUGGGGGCGUUCGUGGUCUGCUGGACGCCAGGCCAGGUGGUGCUGCUCCUGGACGGUCUGGGCUGCAAGUCCUGCAACGUUCUGGCCGUGGAGAAGUAUUUCCUACUCUUGGCUGAGGCCAACUCACUGGUCAAUGCCGUGGUGUACUCAUGCCGAGAUGCUGAGAUGCGCCGCACCUUCCGCCGCCUCCUCUGCGGUCUGUGCCUUCGCCGGUCCACCCACGAGUCUGCCCGCUACGCACCCUCCACCCGAACAGGUCCCAGCACUCGCAUCAUGCUUCCAGAGAAUGGCCACCCCCUGAUGGACUCCACCCUUUAGCAGAUGCACCGGGCUCUACCUAAGCUGCAGGACAGACCCUCAGUCCGCCGUGGCAUGACGCCCCUGCCAGCCUUCCCCAGGCCCACAGCUCUGCCUGCCUCCGGGGCCCGGGGGUGUGGGGUCAUCUCUAAAUGCCCAGGAGAGAGUCCGAGGGGGUUCAGGAAUCUGCUCUUCAAUCAUCUCAGGUUGUGGAGUUUUUUAACUGACACUUUUUAACUGCACAUCCCUGGUAUACCCUGUGGACCACUUCUUUGUCUGUGGUGGUGUGGGUGUUAAAGAUGGGGGAGAUGAGGGCUCUCUCAGGCCACUCUGCCCAGUGCGACAGGGUGACAAGGAUGGCCCAUGGAUGCACCAUCUGCCCGAAGCUGAUUCUUUAGGGGCACAGACUGAGGGGUGCUGCGCAUGAGCUGGGAAAAGGUUUUUGGCCCCUUGCAGCCUCUGGGGUCUUGCCUGUCCCAAUUAGAAUUGAGGAGGGUUUGUGGGGAGAGCAUGAUAUAAGGAGUAAACCUUUCUUUCCACUGAGGUCUCCAGAGCAUUUUCUGUCAUCAGCUCAGAUAGUCCGUCUGUCCCUGUGUUCCAGAAUUGUCCGCCUCAGCUCGGGCUAGGCUGGGAUCUCCUCAGCCCUGUUCUCUUUCCUCUUGAGCUCUGCACAGCUAUUAUUCCAUCUCUCUCUCUCUCUUUAAAUCCUAUACACAACAUGGGGCUCGACCUCAUAACCCCGAGAUCAAGAGUGGCAGGCUCUCCUGACAGCCAGCCAGGCGCCCCUCUCCAUCUCUCCUGUUGGAGGUCUUGCAUCCGUUCUGUGUGUUCCCCUGCCUCUAACUCCCCGCCCCCGUCUGUCUCUGUCCUCUGGAGCCCACAGUGGUCUCUGACCUGCAUGAGCCCUCUUUCUCCUGCCUGCCCUUUCGUCUGGGUCCGGGUUAUUAACAGUCAGGCGUGUCCAUCCCAUUGCGCACCCCACCACCUACAUCCAUCCAUACCUACAGGCCGGGGGGAGUGGAGCCCGUGAAGCAGGAUGCAGGAUUUGAGAGCUUCCAUUUCUCAAGCUCCUCGGAUGUGCCUGGCAUGCUGAUAAGCACUGUAGGUGCAUUAUUUAAUCAUUACUUUCACCUUGUGGUGCGGAUGCACACUUUGUGGCUCAGAGAGGUUGCAAUCUGGCCUGUGGUUACACAGCUUCCAAGGGUCACAGAGAUGAAUCAAGGGACUAAAGAGAGGCCCCUGGAGAAAGAGUUUUGGAUCCCCACAAUGUCCCAAGUUGGUCACGACCUCAGCCUGGUUUUCCUCACCUCACCUCACAGCCCCCCAAGUCUUCAGACAUGCCAUGAUGAGCCCCCUCUCAGAUGCUCAUGGAGGCACCCUGCCAGGUACAGUGUAGACCAGAAUCUGGAUUCUCUGCUUCCACUUCACCAGGGAGGAGACAGGGUUAUAGCUCUACUCAAGGUUCACAUGCUAAAUAACAGCUAGAAUGUGGACUCAGGCCUCCCAUUAGAGGCCAAAUUCUUAAGCCACUAAAGUACACAUCGUGGAAGAAUCAAAAACAUCGAAGUCCUUCUACAUUAAAUGGGGCUAGGUUUCCCUUGGAGAAAACUUCCCCUGCCCUAAGACAGCUCUGUGUGGAGGCAAGAAUGAACUGGGUUGCUGGGUACUUCAGGAUCCAAGAUGGACAGCAGGACUUACAGGGCCUGAGGCCAGAAUCUCCAGAGAUGGUGACCCAAGCGAGCCCUGUACACCAUGGGCCUGGGCAUAGGACCAUGAAAGAUGCAGUCCUUACCUCUGUGGAGCUCCAGGCCUACUGGACAGACAAACACUUUGGGUGCCAAAGCCAGUUCCUAUGGGGUGGGGACCCGAAGUCCUCCCAAAAGCAGCUCUGUGUUUCACUUGCUCUUACAUCAGCUUCCCCAGGUUCUAACCCACACUCCUCUGGUCUCCUUUGGCAUCUUGUCCCAUUGGUUUUUCCCUCCCUUGUAGGUCUCUCCGCCCUUCAAGCUUUGGCCCCUAAAGCUUUCAGCCCCAUGCCCCCACCACUGUUCUCUGAAGAACACCAAAAUUACCCACAACUUUUAGGCUUCCUGUGCAGGGCUGAAGUUUUGCGCAGGGCAACAGCUCUCCAUGGGCCCCACACGUUCUAGUACUUCCUCUUACUGGGGCCCAGUGUUGGGUUUCCUUAAUCAGGGAGCUUUCGAAGUGGUUCCUAACACUGGCCCACAUCACUCAUUUCCAUUCGCUGCUGUCUUUUUUUUUGGAGUCCUCCAAUCCAAUCACCCCAGAUGUUUUGAGUUUCCUCUCCAGCAGCAAAGGGAAGAAGAUGGGCCCUGCCCUGAAGGGUUCCCAGAGAGGCUGAGGACUCUUUGUGAGCCUGCAUCUGGAAUCUGCCCUCAAAGCAAACAAGCUCCAGCAGGUCCCAAUGACUUUGGAGAAGUGAUUCACGUCCAGUCCGUUCCUUUUCUC